ACGCGCGCAAACUGCACAGGAAGAAGAAGAUCAGCGACACCCGCCGGGCCUUCAACAACUAGCAGGCGACGGUCUCCUGCAGACUAAAACAGGAUACUUACUGCAUUCGAGAAAGUAUCGGAGAUUCCGGUUGUAGGAUAGCAUGGAGGAGCAACAAAACUGGCAGCAAUCUGGACCAGUGAUGAGUGAGCCGGCUGUCUUCCACAUAAGGAUCAAUGUCGACUGUACCUGGAUAGUUCAAGUCGCACUUCAAGGUUAAAGAGGGAUGCCAUAAGCCCACAGACACAAUCAGUUCAUCAUGGAGAAGCAGAAAGCUGUGAAUAAUAUUUCUGCAGCUCAUUUCAGUGAGGAACAAUGUAGCUUCAUCUGCACUGAAUGUGGGGGUGGCUUCAGUCAGUAUGCCAGUGUGUUAGCCCACAUGACCAGUCACGGGCCUUUGGAUUCAUUUUCCUUUGAUGGUUCAUCUGACGGAUUAGAAAUCCCUCGGGAGUACGUGCUUCAGGAAAAUGGCACAUUGACUGUUGUGAACGGACUUUCGCAGUCGCACUGUUUUAACUCUUUACAGUCGUCUGUGAAACCAGCUUCUUCUGGAGUGUUGCCGUCCCAGUUCUCAAACUCUGCUAAACCAGCGUCUCCAAGUUCCCGGCUGCAGCCCUCCCCUCACAAAGACCUUUUCAAAACAGACUUGAACCCUGACAAGUCUCUUCAGGUCCAUCACCGCUGCGAAAUUUGUAGCCGAUCAUUCACCAGCCUCCAGAGUCUGCAUCGCCAUCAGCAGUAUCGAAACACAGAAAGAGGCUACAAGUGCACUUUGUGCUGCAAGAUCUUUGAAGAUAGACUCCGGCUGAAGAAACAUCUUGAGGAACACAGCAAAGAGAGGUUUCACUGCUGUGGUCAGUGUGGUAAACGCUUCUUGAAGGUGGAUGCCCUUAGUGCUCAUAAAAAAGAGAAGCACUCUUCGCCCAAAGCGUCAUUCAAAGCAGAGAACAAACUGGAGAAGAAGUUGGAGAAAACAUAUACUUGCAAGAAGUGUAAACUGAGUUUCUUCUGGAUGUCAGAUUUCCAGACCCACUCAGUCUACCUUUGCAGGGGAAAAGAACUGGAUGCUGGUUUUGCAUCCGAAGUCGAAUUGGAUUGUGUCGAUGCUGAUCAAACGGAACCUGUGAACUGCCACAUCAAUGGUGCAACCAUCAACGUCAAGAGUGGGAGCGGUGAGAUGGACACCGAGUCAGACUUCAGGCCCUACAGGUGCGGUUUAUGCGGGGAUCGUUUUGAAAAAUUAACAGCUUUAAAGGAGCAUCACAUCACACAUCAAACUCAGGAAGAAAUAGAUAAACUAAAUCAAGAAUCCCAAAGACCUUUUAGGCGAAAGAUCCCACCCAAAGGCAGGCGUAGAACUAGUAACCCUAAUGGAAAGCUGCACCCCUGUAAGCACUGUCACCGUGUCUUCAAUCAUUCCAGUAGUUUAUCUCGCCACAUGAGAUAUCACAAAGGUACCAUGCACACUUGCGUAUUUUGUGGUAGACACUUUCCACAGCGCUGCGAUCUGAGAAGACAUUUAGCCAUGUACCACAAAGCUGAUUUGGACAAGAAACCAAACUUGAAACACUUGCUUGCAGCUCCUCACAACGGGUCUUCUGUAGAAUCUCUCGAUAGCGACAAACACAAAGGCGUGGUCGAUGAUGUAUCAGAUGGCGAGCAGACUUCAAGUGAGCAGAAUCCAAAGGAGAAGCAGUCGGGGAAAACAGGGAGAGUCAACUACAAGUGUCAGGAGUGUGGAAAGAAGUUCGGGCUUUUGUGCGUGUACCAACGCCACUUGCGCUAUCACAAGAAGGAGCCCAAUAAAUGUCCUCAGUGUCCAGCGCAGUUUAGGAACUCUUCAUCCCUUGAGCUUCAUCUUCAGAAUCACCCAAGCACCGAAGAGCCAGAUGAUGGACAGACGUCUGGAAAUGUUCUGGCUGACCAGGAAAAGAAUAACAUUGACGAUGUAGAAGAUGAUGGGAGUAAGCAUAAACGGAAACAAAUGGAGAAUUCCUCCGAAGACCUUUAUGAGUGCACAGAGUGCACACAGACUUUUUCCUGCUUGGACUCUUUUCUCCAGCACCAAUCAUCUCAUUCCUCUGAAAACAAUGCAUGACUUACCAGACUGCUUUAACAGGAUUGUUUUGUACUCAACAGUUUCAAAAAGCUGCAGCUAUCAGAUAUCAGAUCUAGCAAAGGUAUUCCCUAUAUGAACCCACAGGUUGUGGCCUUCCUAAAGCGCGAGGUCUCACUAAUUAUUUCAAAAUAAAAUUGGAGGGGGGUAAAAAGUGUGGCUCUUCAUUGUUAUUUGCUAUUGUUUGUUUCAUUGGUGCAUUUUUAUGCAUUUUUGUGUUUUAUUUGCAAACGUGAACUCAGUACUUUUACUUGUAAUCAUUUUUAGGGUAUAGUGUUGUUACAAAGCAGAUGAGCUGCAUCAUUAAAACACGAAAAGGUUUUUUGAAAGCUUUUAUUUUUUUGGAGGAAAGACUGACAUGAGUUGUACUUUCCUUUCAUGACAAAGAAUUCUGAAACCUGCAAGAUCAGAAUGUGUUGACAUUGUGAACGUGUUGUUUGUUGUGUUUAAUAUAAAGCGGAUAGAUUAAGGAAUGCCAAUAGAAAGCUGUUGAAUUUUAAAUGUGACAUUGAAUGGGCUGAUUGGGAAUUAUGGUCCAGAAUUACAGUUAUUCAAUUUGUGGUCCAUCACCAUGACACAACAUCUACACAAAAGUCUAAACUUUCUUUUUGUAGUCAUUAGCAUGUCAUGUAUUUGAAGUAAGAAAUGUCUGUUAAUUAAACUUGAUUACUUUUGUGAAAACGAGAAGCAAAGAAUCACUUUGAUUUAACAUAUUAGGAAUUAAAAAUGUCCCUAUUCAUGACACUACACCAACCAAGCUUUGAUACAAUUUAUGGAAACGUAAUCAUUGCCGUUGACUUUCUUGUGGCUUAGACCCUUCGAUUCCUGCUAUUAUGCUUUUAGCAGUGUGUGAAAGAGUCUUCUUGUUUUUGUACUGGUAUAAAAGAAUGCUCAAAUAAAAAUGACAUUUCCUUUCCUAACCUCUCAGGGCUCAGGCGAAUCAACUUUACCUUUAUGGUAGUUUUUUUUCUAUUUUUGCCAUUAAAGAAGUGGGUUUGACCUCUGGGUUAGAAUGACUACAGGUAUGUUUUGAUGAAGGGAGCAGUAGAACCAGGAUAUUUACUUUUCUGUCCUUGAAUUCAAUGGGUGAAUGUUAACAGCAAAACCGUAUUUUUCUGUUUUAAAAUUACAUUUCUGAGUUUCUUUGUUCAAAUCAUGAAUCGGAAGCAGACGGAAAAAAAAAUCCUGUUAGAAUUGGAGCUUGUUCGUGAGGGAAAAUACGAUGGGUGAACCCAAACUCUCAGCAGUGAGGAGAGGAGUGAUGUCAGUUUAUUAGCAUUUCAAUGAGGGAAAUAUGCAUUUAAACCCUAUGGACGUUUUUUUGAGUCCUAAUUCAAAUAAUUAUGCAAUUAUGAAUUGACAAUUCAAUUUGCAAUUCAGGCUUGCAAUGUAAAAAUACAUUUUGAAAUUUAGAAUUAAGAUUUAGAAUUCAAUAUGAAUAUUUGAAAACAAAAUUAAUUAUUAAAUAAAAAAUCAAUAGCAUUUUAAAUUGUCAUGGAUUCUGAUGUCAUGAUUCAAAUGAAAAUGCAUUUUGGAAUUUACAAUUUUAUUUUUAAAAAUGACAUUUCAAAAGAUGGUUGGCUUUAAAUUGAUUUCAAAUUAUCUUAAAAUCUAAUGUAUUGUAAAGUAACAGGCUGUUUUUGUGUCAAAAUUCAAAUUAAAAUCAUCGGUAAAACAGCG